AUGUCUGCUGAUUCUUCCGCCACCACUGCUUCCUCCACCAAUUCCAAAGCCACUUCUUCCAGUCAAAGAAAAUUCAUCAAACGUCCUGAUGAUAAAGCUAUGAAGGAAGAAGUUGAAGCUUUGAAAAAGGAGAUCAAAAAGUUGGAUUUAACUAAUAAUGAAUUGAAUGCUCAAAUUCAAAAAUUACAAAUUGACCAAAAAGUUAUGGAUGAAAGAAACAAAUUGCAAGCUGAAUUGAAAUCUUUGAUUUCUAAGCAAUCAUCUGCCAAGAAUGAAAGAAACAACAUCAAUGAUCAAAUCAAAGCCAUUGAUGGUUCAAUGAAGAAGAAGAUUGCUGAAAUUCAACAACAAACCUCGAAGAACAACUUCAAGAGUGUUGCUGAAAUUGACGCUAGGAUUGACUCCUUGGAUAAGGCUAUUGAUGCUGGAAAUUUGAAAUUGGCUGAUGAAAGAAGAUUUGUUAAAGAAAUGAGUGCUUUACGUAAAUUACGUAAAGAUUUUGGUUCAAUUGAGAAAAUACAAGCUUCAAUUGAUCAAGACAAGGAAAAAAUUGCUGAGUUGAAGAAGAAAUUGGCUGGAACUCAUAAUAAAGAAGUUCAAGCUCAAUUUGAAACCAUUCAAAAGAAAUUGGAUGAAAUUAAUGAAUCUAAUAAAUCAGUUAUUUCUAAAAGAAACAAGAUUUAUGAUCAAAGAUCAGAAAUUAAAAAGCAAAAAGAUGCCAAGUAUGAUGAAAUUAGAAAAUUAAGAAGUGAUUUUGAUGCUAAAUUUGAAAAUUUCAAAAAACAAAUGGAAGAAGAAAGACAAAAGAGAGAUGAAGAAUACAAAGCUCAACAAGCUGAAAGGAAACAAGCUAAAUUAAAACAAAGAGCAGAACAAGAAUUGGCUGAUGCUUCAAUCCCUGCAUUCACUGAAGAAAUCAACUCUAUUCACAACUUGUUGUCUUACUUUGACCCAUCUUAUGUCAAACCAGCCACCAACAAAGCCCCAUCAGCAUCUUCAACCAAUGGAUCAUCAAUUCCAUCAACUACCAAGAACCAAGCUAGAGUCAUUGAAUUCCCUGAGGAUUUAGUUGUUGUCAAAAAGGAACAAGAUGAUUUCUUUACUGGAACCAAAAGAAAGGGUAAAGGUGGCAAAAAACAAGGUGGUAAAAAGAAUUUCACUGUUGCUCCUGAAAUUGUUGUUGCUUUAAGUGAUUUGACUAUUCCUUUCCCAUUGAAAGAAGAUGAUGUUCCUGAAACCAUCAAGACUUUGAAAGAAACUUUGGAUGCAUUACAAGAAAAACAAGAAGAGCAAACAAAGGUUAAUAUUGAAAGGGCCAAAGCAAAGAUUGCCAAAUUCAAAGAAGAAGAUUUUGAAGUUGAUGAAGAGGAAGAUGAUGAGGAGUAA